AUGCGAUUCGGUCGGGAUUUUCAUCAACACAGGGUCCCAGAAUGGACAUCACUUUAUGUCCCCUACGACUCAGUAAAGAGCGCAUUCAACCUAGCGGUCGGGAAGUCAAUUGAUGCAAAUCUCGAACCAGACCUUUCAGAAGUGUAUGCGCUCCUCGAUGAUAGCAUCCAGUCCGCUAGCAACUUUCACCAUGACAACUGCAACUUUCUCAUGGCGAGACAAGCAAAGCUUGAGACAAAAUAUGAAAAGCUGCUUCAAGCAAUUCUCUUCUCAAGGGAGGAGGACGACGAUUUUCAUGAAGUGAAGACCUUCCUCAACCUCAUCACAGAUCUACAUGAUGAUUUUGAGAAGCUACAACAUUACUCUCACUUGAAUAAAGAAGCCAUCGAGAGUCUUUUCGCCAAAAUCGAGAGGUUAGGUGGCUACAGCCGUCUAAUGCAUCAGGAACAGAAAUCUAAGUGGAUAAAAUCUCAAAUUGAGCGUCGUACGCAAUGUGCGAACUUCAUCACUCGAUCGAAGGUUCUAAUAAAUAGCGUCGCUGAGGCGUCCUCCGAUGGGUACGGCCCCUCCACAAUGAAGGCGUUGCUCGAUGAAGCCGGUUCAGAUGAACUGCCACCCCUUAUCACCCAAUUUUCAGCUCUGUAUAGCGCAAUCAGAAACGAUGACUCCCGGGCGUUAGUUGAUCCACUCAAUCAUUUUUUGCACGAUCCACCUCCCGAACAAGAACCUAGGGCCUUUUUCUACGAACUGGCCGAGCUUGCAGCAACCUGUAGCUCUCGACAUUGCUUCCGAUAUUUGGUAUCACAAAUUUCAAGCGUGAGUGGUGUUAUCCUGGAUCACGAUUUGCUGAAUCAUGUUAUUAUCACGCGAGGGCAACUCGGCCCUUCUGAAGAAAGCGAUGACAGCAUUCAAUCUGACGAGAACCGACGUCUUACAUUGUUCGAUUUUGCGAUUGAAGGUCUUGCUUCUCGUAUGAAAGAGACUUUGUAUGCCAAGGACACUUUUGGUCGCCUUGGCCUUCAUUAUGCGGCACUAUAUGGCAUGUCCUUCGGAUUCACCCCGUUUCACUAUGCGGUCAUCAAAAAUCAUGUGAGCGUUGCGAAACUGUUUCUGGAAACAUGGGUUUUAGAGAUGAAACCGGGACACGAGGUUGAAACCGAAAGUCUGCUCAAACACCUGAACGAUAUUUUGAUCCUCGCUAUCAGAUAUAAGCAUGAUGAGAUUGUGUUGUGUUUCGCAAAAAGCUCCAUUGAGUUUGAUGAAUGCUCUUCAUAUGGAGAGUCUGCUCUGUAUGUUGCCGCUCAGAUGGGGCGUAGCGACUAUGUCAACGCCUUACUAGAACACCCCAAGAAUGUCUGCAUUGACACUGCUGAAAGGCUGAAUGGCUGGACUCCAUUAUUUAUCGCUUGUGUGGAAGGCCACAGUACCAUUGUCAAGCUUCUUCUACAAGCAGGAGCGAAUCAGGACUUGUAUGAUAAUCAUAGUUGGACCGCAAAGGAACAUGCUGCUUUGAGAGGCCAUCUUCAUGUGGCUGAAAUGCUGAAGCCAUGGGAUAGUCACCACCUUAUUGGCGGACCUGCCAACAUGCCGCUGAAGUCUAAGUCCGCAGCCGGCCCCCGUCUUGCAGUGGGCGAAACCCAUGUCAUUGUCAAUCUUGGUGUUUUGUGUAACGGCAAGCACGUCAAAGCAGUGAAAAUUAAAGACGCCUCGUCGGACAAUUCACCUUACGCGAAAUACCUCUCCUCGAUGGAUAUGUUAGUUUCGGUGGAGAGUACCUCACAGCGUGUGAAACUGCCUAUACUCAGCGAAAAGGUUAACGAACCGUUCGUUUUUCCUGUUACUAAUCCCAGUGAAGCCCACCUGUCUUUCAAGUUUUACCCUGCAGACUCAUCUUGUAACGCGUGCCAGCUAAUAGGUAGUGCUGGUUAUGUGCUAGAGAGUGACAAAUACUGCUUCGGAGAGAAUCGUGAGAGUCUCGUCAGAGAGCGAACUGUCCCAAUUCUGGAGAAGGGUACAAUGGAAAUAAUCGGAACGGUCACUUUCACUUUCGUCAUUUCUAAGCCAUUGAUGGGUUCAAAUCCUCCCUUAUUGGCGAAGCAGCAACUCUUGGAAGAAGGGUUGCAACUUGUCGGUCAUAGAGGGCUUGGUCAAAAUACUGCCAACCCUAGCCAGCUUCAACUGGGAGAGAAUACCAUCGAGUCAUUUCUUUCUGCUGCAAAGCUAGGCGCUUCAUAUGUUGAGUUUGAUGUUCAACUUACUAGAGACCUGGUGCCUAUCAUUUAUCACGACUUUUCGUUGAGUGAGUCCGGAACCGACAUUCCCAUUCAUGAUAUCAGUUUCGAACAGUUUAUGUACGCCAGUGAACUUCAGUCACCCAGAGGUGAAGCAGUCUUGGUGCUUGAAAGGCCGAGUUUACAGGCCUUGUCACAUAGACCUGGUGGGGACAGAGUUCGCUCACUCUCGUGGACAAAAGAUCAAGAGCAGAAGACUGUGCAAAUUCGUGAUCGAAUGAAGCACACUGUGGACUUCAAGAACAAAGGAUUCAAGCCUAAUACAAGGGGACAUUUUGUGCGGGAUUCUUUCACAACGCUGGAAGAGUUGCUUACGAGUCUGCCCCAUUCAAUCAGCUUCAAUAUUGAGAUAAAGUAUCCCAGGCUUCAUGAAGCUGUCGAGGCGGGCGUAGGACCACUCGCUAUCGAGAUCAACACAUUCAUUGAUCGGAUACUUGCCCAGAUAUUUCGUGUCAGCAGUGAUAGGUCCAUUAUACUCUCCUCCUUUUCACCAGAGAUUUGUAUUCUUCUAGCGACCAAGCAAGAUACAUAUCCUGUCUUGUUUAUCACCAAUGCCGGAAAACUACCAUUGUCAGACAUGGAUAUGAGAGCUAGUAGUCUACAAGCCGCGGUCCAUUUCUCAAAGCGAUGGAACUUGGCUGGCGUUGUGAUCGCUUCCGAGACAUUGAUUCUGUGUCCAAGACUUGUGAGAGAACGCUCAAAGAUUAUUGAAGAGUCCCAGACGAUUUAA